AUGGACGUUUUAACCAGCUUGAGUGAUCAGGUCGAUAAAUCAUCUUUGGAGUGCCUAAAUGAAGAUUCUUUACAUAGAGUCACCAAUACUCUGACUCCUGGAAUUGAUUCUUACUUGCAAUCUUCGCCUGGGGAGAGUGAGCAGCUUUUGGUUAAGUAUAAAUUCUUGAACCCUGUCAAAAUCCACUCAAUGAUUGUCAAGUCGCUUCCCGACGGUGUGGCUUCUGGCACUGCUCCAAAGACUCUUCGUCUUUUCAUAAAUUGUGAAGACCUUGAUUUUCAAGAUGCAGAAUCUGAUCCUUGUACUCAAGAACUGACUCUUGAAAGAGCUCAUGUUGAGGCUGGAGAGAAAGUUUUGCUCCGUUACGUUAGAUUCCAGAACGUCAACAGUCUUGCAGUUUACGUUGGUAGGUUCAAGAAUCAAUCAUUUGAAUUAGCCGAGAACUAUGGAAACGAGUGCACGAAAAUCGCCCACAUUGGCCUUUAUGGAACCACUGCCACGUCCUCAAAGGUUAGUAACACCAUAACUUAA